CUGGCUUCUUUGUCUGCGGGCGGCAGCCGCCCCGGCCCCGGCCCUGGCCCCCGGCCCCCUGGUUCGGGCUGUGAGAUGAAUCCCUAAUCGGUGGCCGCCCGGCACCCGGGGCGAAAGCUGCUCAGGCUCGGGCUCCGGAUGUGCUAGGUGUGGGCCAGCCCCCACCCCAGCCACAAGGGACCAUGGAUCCUGGAGCCGGGCCAGAGUCAUCUCUGACUAUCAAUGAGCAGGUAUCUUCUGGGGCCGGAAGAGCCGGGCGUGAGGGUGAUGGACCAAGGGAUGUGGGCAAGGAGAAAAACUCCGUGGAGCUCCUCAAGGUCAUCGUGAUGUCAGGCCACGAGACUAUCCGUGUGCUGGAAGUUGGAGUGGAUGCCCAGAUCCCAGCUGAGGAGGAGGGCAAAGGCCUGGAGGGGGUGGCCGCUGAGGGCUCCCAGCGUGGAGGCCCUGCCAAAGGUGGGGAACCUGCUUGUGGAUCUGGGCCAGACAACCCGGAUUCGUCUGCAGAGGCAACUGUGAAGUCACUCCCGGGGAUCUCUGUGAGCCCUGCCCCCGCUGUUGCCACCUUCAGCCAAGCCCCAAGCCAGCCUCAGACAUCGCAGACCCUCACACCACUGGCUGUACAAGCUGCCCCCCAGGUCUUGACUCAGGAAAACUUAGCCACAGUUCUGACAGGAGUUAUGGUUCCAGCAGGGGCAGUUACUCAACCUCUUCUUAUCCCCAUCAGUAUUGCAGGUCAAGUGGCUGGUCAGCAGGGGCUGGCCGUGUGGACAAUUCCUACAGCAACCGUGGCUGCCCUCCCAGGACUAACCGCUGCUUCUCCUACGGGGGGAAUUUUCAAGCCACCUUUGGCCGGUCUCCAAGCAGCUGCCGUGCUGAAUGCCACCCUCCCGGCACCUGUACAAGCUGCCCCACCGGCCCAGGCCUCCUCACCCGCCCAGUCCCAGCCACCAGCCCAGCCCCAGACGCUGUUCCAGAGCCAGCCGCUGCUGCAGCCCACAGCUGCCACCGCUACCGCCCCCACCCCCAAGCCAGUGGACACACCCCCACAGAUCACCGUCCAGCCUGCAGGCUUCGCAUUUAGCCCAGGAAUCAUCAGUGCUGCUUCCCUCGGGGGACAGACCCAGAUCCUGGGCUCCCUCACUACAACUCCCGUCAUUGCCAACGCCAUUCCCAGCAUGCCGGGGAUCAGCAGCCAGAUCCUCACCAACGCUCAGGGACAGGUCAUUGGAACACUCCCGUGGGUAGUGAAUUCGGCUAGCGUAGCAGCCCCAGCAGCAGCCCAAAGCCUGCAGGUCCAGGCUGUGACCCCCCAGCUGUUGUUGAAUGCCCAGGGCCAGGUGAUUGCGACCCUGGCCAGCAGCCCCCUGCCUCCUCCUGUGGCUGUCCGGAAGCCAAGCACGCCUGAGUCCCCUGCUAAGAGUGAGGUGCAGCCCAUCCAGCCCACGCCAGCCGUGCCCCAGCCUGCUGUGGUCAUCACCAGCCCAGCCCCAGCAGCCAAGCCAUCUGCCUCGGCUCCCAUCCCAAUUACCUGCUCAGAGACCCCUACUGUCAGCCAGUUGGUGUCCAAGCCACAUACCCCGAGUCUGGAUGAGGAUGGGAUCAACUUAGAAGAGAUCCGGGAGUUUGCCAAGAACUUUAAGAUCCGGCGGCUAUCCUUGGGACUCACCCAGACCCAGGUGGGUCAGGCUCUGACUGCAACGGAAGGCCCAGCCUACAGCCAGUCAGCCAUCUGCCGGUUUGAGAAGCUGGACAUCACGCCCAAGAGUGCCCAGAAGCUGAAGCCAGUGCUGGAGAAGUGGCUGAAUGAGGCCGAACUCCGGAACCAGGAGGGCCAGCAGAACCUGAUGGAGUUUGUGGGAGGGGAGCCCUCCAAGAAACGCAAGCGCCGCACCUCCUUCACCCCCCAGGCCAUAGAGGCGCUCAACGCCUACUUUGAGAAGAACCCACUGCCCACAGGCCAGGAGAUCACCGAGAUCGCUAAGGAGCUCAACUACGACCGCGAAGUGGUGCGGGUCUGGUUCUGCAAUCGGCGCCAGACACUGAAGAACACCAGCAAGCUGAACGUCUUUCAGAUCCCUUAGGGCUCAGCCGUCAGCCCUGUGUUCCAGCACUUUGUACUUUUCCCCUGGCACCCAGCUGCAGCUGCUGCCGUGUCGGCACCUGUCAUUCCGCCACAUGCAGUCGUGCUUGUCCUGGGUCGAGUGGCUCCUCUGUGUGCAUGUGUGUCAGCUGCCUUCCCACCCAAGUCUCCCAUUGUGGAGAGGGGAGAGGGCCCACCUGGGAGCUACAGGCUGGGGUCUGGUCAUGCCACGGGAUCCCUCCCUUAAGUGGUGUCACUUAAAGAAGCACUUUGCUAAUGUGGGUUUUGAAGGAUGAAUUCUGGUUGGGAAUCAGAAACUCACCUACUUUGGGGCAGGGCUUCAGCAGCCCCUAAGGACCACUGGCCCUUAGCUCCUGUUUUCAGUGGCAUUCUCUUUCUACCCUAUCUUCUCCUUUGCCUCUCUGUGUGAGUGUGGCAGGUAUGGUGCCCAGUGGAAUCACAGCCUCCCCCUCCCCUGCUUUGCCUGCAGGCACUCUGUUCCCAUGAAAGGACCCAAGGGACACAGUUCUGAAAAAUGUGAUGUGCUGCUCGGAAGGUCAGACUCAGUGUCUGCCUUGACCUCAAGGUCAGCCCUAGGGCCACAAUAUGUGAUCUCCUCUCCCACCUCUCUCUGGUUCCUUUGAGGGGACAUUGCACUAAAGAAGAACCUUUUCUUUUGUAAUCCACAUUGGAAAGGAGCAACAGGGAACUGUAGCUAUCCUGGAGGUGACUUGGGUCUGCAGCAGGUCAGGAACUUAGUAAACAAGGCCAUCCUCUCAGAUUUUACUCUAAUCUCUUUCAUGGCUAUCUCCCCGCAAGACAGCGUGAGUUAGGAGAACUUGCAGCCUGGAAAAUCUCACUGGCCAAGCAAGCAAGCACUCUGGAGAAAAAUGAGGAAAGGAAUUCUGACUGUUUUUCUCUUGUCCUCAUGCUCACCACUAACCCAGUACGGGGACCUUCUCAGAAGGGGCAAAUUAAACAGUUAACCAGACGGCAAGGCCCUGGGGGGAAGGCUAGCAUCCAGAAAGAACUGAUGGCAGCCCAGGAAGGUCUCUUUUGGAAGGUGACUUAACUCUAAUUUUCUUUGUAACUUUAAGCCUUGGAUACUGGAGGAGAAAUCUUACUUCAUCCAGAGUCUUACACUGUGUAUUUGUGUAAACAAGUGAGUCAAGAACACGCCUGAACUAGGAUGGGUUUUGCCUCUAGAGAGGGCAGCUAUGGCACAUUGGGGGUUGGCAUCUCAGCCAGGCUACUAAGUGAGUUUCCCAGCCUCACUGUGGCUGGAUGGCCCCUGGAACUCAGAAUGAGACUCUAGGAGGUCAGGAGAGCAUUAAGCGGUUGGCUUCAGUGAGCCCAGACUUGCUGAGCAGGCCAUCCCUAAAGGGCCACAGUCACAGGGGCGAGCCACCUCCUCUCUUCACUACUUCUGUCCUUAUAGAGCCAGGUCUCCAGCAGCUGCGCUCCACUGCAGCUCACAUGAUACACCCUGAGGCAGUGACUGUUGCGAGGGCACAUCACACCUGUGGUCACUGCACAGAGCCACCUCCUGGCCUCGCUUCCUCUGGCCCACUGUGUUUCCUCUCCUGCCUCCAGCUAUUCCUUCCCAGGCCCUUCAGUGCCAGUAUGGCUGUCCCCUUGGUAGCCCUGCUAAUGAAAAGACAGUUGUGUGUCAAAUCACCACACACACACACACACACACACUCACACUGUCUGCCCCCAUUCCUGUCCCACUGCAUUCAGGCCAACCAAACCUGCCGAGAAUGCAGGGGGCACCUUGGCUGCCCCAGCCUUUCUGGAAAGAAUAUGUCUCCAAGAAGGAGGCUGUACACUCAAGUUCAAGGUUAUCUACCUGUCUCAAUGAGAUGAUAAGCUCACUUGGGAGGGGCAUUGUAAACAAGUUUUCAGUAAGGAGAGUUAAAGUACCAGAGAUUGUAAGGGAUUCAGUGACUUACACUUCAACAGAUUAGAGAGAUGCAGGUUUUCACCCUCAAACACCUGCGUUCAGCUAUGCUUUCUUUUUUGGGAGAUGAGUGGGUCACUGCUGGUGCCUUGGGAGUAGCAUGUAAUCCAGGGUGUGUCCAUGGCGGUGGGUAUACUGGAGGAUGCUAUCUGUCCUAUGUCACUGCAGGAAAAAGGUAAUGAACUCCUGGUCUGAAUUAGGCUUGGCCACAUUUCUCAGCUCCUCCAUUUAAAUCUGUCUUCCAAGGCUGGGCUAGAACUAAACCAUUUUCUCUUCUGCAGGAAGGGUAGGCAGGUCUUUUAGAAGAACUAUACCAGGGGCAGAAUUUUUGCAGGCAGAUUCCCCAAGCAGAGGGGUGCAGAGUGUCCCUGAAGUGUCCCCGGAACAGAGCUCAGGCCUGCCAUCUCUGCUCCUGCUCCCCACCACAGGGCAUCUGGGAAGCAGCGGGGGCCCGGACAUGUGUUUUUUAUUUUGUUUGUUUUGUGAGCAUCAGGCUUUGAAGGUCAUUUGUAUAAAUUUUGUUUUUAAAGCACCUUUCUGGACUUAAGCCAGAGCUCAGUGGUUCUUUUACUGUGGAAAGGCAGCAGAAAGAGCAGAAAUGGUUUAACUGUUUGUGUGGUAUUGUUUGUUUUUGUUUUAAAUGAAAGAAAAGACCAAAACUUUCUAUGGCCCAGUGAAUCACCUGGGGCCUCUGACCCCUCACUAACUAUGGUGUUUUACCCAGGUGGGGUCCUGGGAAAGAAUUUGGCCAAAUGGAUUGAGGAACACACUUGAAUUUGGAAUAAGAGACCCUGAUGUCUUGGUGUCCUUGGAAAUCCCAUCCCCUUCCUAUGCCUAUGUUCCCUUCCUGUCUCACUGGCCAGGCCCUGACACAGGUUCUGACUGUCCCCUGACAUGGGACAAAGCCUGCUGAGGGCUGGAGUGAGGGCUGGGGAGGGGAGAAUGGUGGUGAAGCACUUGAUGUAGUUGUGUGGAAUAAACAGUAUUUUUCUUUUG